AAGAGUUCAUGAUUUCGCAAGCUCUAUAUUUCAUCUGAAGCAUAAUCAAUGGCGAAUUUGAGUUUGAGUUUGUCUCUGAUCUUCCGGAUUUGCGCUAUUCUAUUGCUGAUCAAUGUCUCCUUCGCUAAAACACUUAAACGAGACAUGAAAGCUUUGAAUGAAGUAAAGAGAUUGGUUGGAUGGAGAUUGGUGUACUCUUGGGUUGGAGAUGAUCCUUGUGGUGAUGGAAUUUUGCCUCCGUGGUCUGGAGUUACUUGCUCCACAGUUGGUGAUUAUCGUGUCGUUAUCAAGCUAGAAGUGUAUUCAAUGUCGAUAGUUGGGAAUUUCCCAAAGGCUGUAACGAAGCUCUUAGAUCUCACUGUUUUGGAUCUGCACAAUAACAAAUUAACAGGCCCUAUUCCUUCAGAAAUUGGGAAGCUUAAGCGUCUUAAGACACUAAAUUUGAGGUGGAAUAAACUUCAAUAUGUACUACCUCCUGAAAUUGGUGGAUUGAAGAGUAUAACUUCUCUGUACCUGAGCUUUAACAAUUUCAGAGGAGAAAUCCCCAAAGAACUUGCAAAUCUCGAUGAGCUCCAAUACUUACAUAUUCAGGAGAAUCAUUUUACUGGGCGGAUUCCGGCAGAGCUGGGAACAUUACAAAAACUUCGCCACUUGGAUGCUGGCAACAAUAACUUAGUGGGAAGUAUAAGCGAUCUUUUUCGCAUAGAGGGAUGCUUUCCAGCUCUUAGAAACCUGUUUUUAAACAAUAAUUCCUUCACUGGAGGACUCCCAAACAAGCUUGCAAAUCUAACAAACCUAGAGAUCUUGUACUUAUCUUACAACAAAAUGACUGGAGCAAUACCCGCUGCACUUGCUAAUAUACCAAGACUAACUAACUUGCACUUGGACCACAAUCUAUUCAAUGGAAGUAUCCCUGAAGCCUUCUACAAGCAUCCAAACCUAAAAGAUAUGUACAUAGAAGGGAAUGCCUUCAAACCAGACGUGAAGGCGAUUGGUGCACAUCAGUCCUCGCUCGCACCAUAUUUUAGUUUGAAAAUGGAUACCUUGAUCAAGCAGACAAGGAGGAAGCAUCCAGCUUCCCAGGAAAAACUUAGAGAGGUUGGUAGCUCAACUAGAGAGACAAAAGUGCCGGCAAGGAAGUCUGUUUCAUUCAAAGAAGAGAAAAAGAAGUCCUCAAACUGGUUACAGAAGCAGUUCUCGAGGCAAAUGAGCGGCCAAAGUUAUGACCCGAUAGGCGAAAUGGACCAUGCAGCUGCAGUUGCAGCCACUGCUUAUGCCAUAGCCACAUUUGAAGAAACUUGGCUAGAGAAUUAUCAUAGUGGCCUUGAACUUGGACCUUCUUCGUCAAGGAGCAAGAACAGAAGUGAAGAACGGUUGCCUUUAGAGGAACCAAGAAGCUUAUCAAGAAGAUUCUCAGGACAACUUUUGUUUAUAGAAUCAGAGACGAAAGAUCAUAAACAACCUAAACUAAAGUCCCCAUUGAGAAAGUCAUCGUCGGUGAAAAAGACUUUCUCCAUGAACUUGAGAGGAGAUCACACCAAACAGAGUGAAGAGUCAGAGGAGAAACAUGAUAGACAAAGAAAACCUGUUUCUGAACCGCCACGUGUGAAGUUGAGUCUUGAUGAACAAGCAAAUGAUGACAAGGAUAACUCAAAGAGUAACUCAGAUAAGCAAGCAACAAGCUUAAGCCUUGAGAAGGUUGACAAAACCUUUACACCACGGAUACAACCACCGCUCAGGACACGAUCAGAACGUCGUGCUCCACCGCCACUUCCUCCUCCUCCUCCUCUAUCACCUUCGCCUCUGCGGCUUCCACCUAGGGAAACCAAAAGGCAGAGUUCUGAGCAUACUAGUCGAAAAGAUGAUUCUACAGCUAAUGCUUGGGAAAUAGCUGAACUAGCUAAGAUCAAAGCAAGGUAUGAGAAGCUAAACAGAAAGAUCGAUUUGUGGGAAGCAAAGAAGAGGGAAAAAGCUCGAAGAAAGCUGGACAUGUCUGAGCAGAGCGAACUAGAACAGAGGAGGAAGAGAGGUUUGCAGCGAUUUAGAGAAGACACAGAAUACAUUGAACAGAUUGCUGCUGGAGCCAGAGCUCAGGCGGAGAAAGACAGACAGAGCAAAGAGUUCAAGGUGAAGGAGAAGGCCGGUGUUAUCCGGAGUACCGGUAAACUCCCUGGAAAAGCAUGCUGUUUCUGACACUAAAAACAGAUGAUAUUA